AUGGGAGGCAAGGGCUCGACCUUUGAUCCAAAUGUCUGGUAUCAGCUCAGCGAAGCCCGGGUCGACACCGGCAACCAGCCCUUGAAUAGCAACCUCGUUGUGGUCGGCCCGCCGGAAAACCAAAUCCGCAUGCAGGGCAACGAUAAAAACUACUGGCAGUUCAUCCCGACCAAGGACAACGUCUCCAACCGCUUUCACAUGCGAUCCCAAAAGGCGGGGAACCAGCUGCAACUCGCCGUUUGCUACAACAAGGACGAAGUUCACCGUGCCAAGACGGGCGUGUGCCUUGCAUCAGCGAAAGAUGUCGACGAGCAAAAGUGGGAGAUCUUUGAGUGGGAUGACGGCACGACGGCCAAGAGGUUCAUCAACGUCAAGAACGGAACCAAGUACUGGCUCGAUGUGCACAAGGGCAACCCCAUCUUCAUGAACGACGAUAUAGACACAUCGGCGUACCAGCCCGCACAAAAGUGGUUCGUUAGCUCUAUCAGCGCUAUCGACGACCCAAACUUCUCCUAUACGGUAGCGUCCGCGGUAAGAAAACAAUCAUCAUCAUCAUCGACCCCUCUUGUUCACUCUCAGUUCUAA